GAAGAUGGUGGAGUUCAGCUCAGGAAGUGAGUAGCCAGCUGAACAAAGGAGACGAAAUGAGAUUUAGAGGAAAGUAAAACCUGUGGACAGAAACCCGUCGUCAUACUAAGAUAAUGUGUCUCGUAAUUCCACCUCUUCACAUUAAAACACAGGAGGAAUUCACAUAGUAAACCACUGAGUGUUCCUGAAUACGUAACAUUUGACUUAUCAGUACAAACUCUCCUCUCCAUCCUCUUCAUCAUGCCUAACUUCGCUGUAGUGCCACCAAAGACAUCUUCUCAGUCACGUACUGCAUCACAUGUUACGUCAAACCCCGCCCACAGCAGCACUAAUACCACCGUCAACCCGGCCGUCGCCGCCAUCGGCGGCUUCUUCAGCAACCUGCUGGACAAAAUCCCCUUGCCUCGAUGGGCCAUCUACGCUAUCUUUGUGGCCGGUGUUCUGCUCAUUCUACUCUGCUGUCUGUGCAUCUGCAUCAAGUGCUGCUGCAAAGGGGACAAGAAGAAGCAAAAGCAGAAAAAGAAGAGUGAGAAGACGAACCUGAAGGGCGUGGACGGGAAAUCAACUGCAGCUCUGGCUCAGUCUGAUGCGGGGGAUACAAACUAUGGCACGGCCAAGAAGUACAGAGGAAAGCUGCUCUACUCUCUGGAGUACAACGCCGCUCUGUGUGAGCUCCUCAUCGGGAUCAAACAAGCCGACAGCCUGAAGGCCAUGGACCUGGGAAAAAGCUCCGACCCGUACGUCAGAGUCUACCUCCUUCCCGAGAAAAUCAAAACCUGCGAGACCAAAGUGUUCAAACACACACUCAACCCGGUCUUCAACGAACAGUUUACCUUCCCGAUUGCCAAGUCUUCCCUCCUCAACUCGACAGUGGUGAUGCAGGUGUAUGACUUCAACAGAUUCACCAAACACGACAUCAUCGGCGAGAUCAGGAUGCAGCUCGCCAGCGUCGACUGGAACCACGUCAUUGAGGAGUGGCAAGACCUCGCCGAGCCCGCCAAGUUUGAGGAAGAAAACCUGGGGGAGAUCUGCUUCUCUCUGCGCUACGUCCCCACAGCUGGCAAACUGACUGUGGUGAUCCUGGAGGCCAAAAACCUGAAGAGCAUGGACAUCAGAGGGUCCUCAGAUCCUUAUGUGAAGGUGCAGUUGGCUUUGGACAAGAGGAAGUGGAAGAAAAAGAAGACGUCUGUUAAAAAGAAGACGCUGAACCCUUACUACAAUGAAUCCUUCACCUUCGACGUCUCAUUUGAACAAAUCCAGAGGGUGAACCUGGUGAUCUCUGUGUGGGACCAUGACACCAUGACAGCUAAUGACGCCAUUGGGAAGAUCUUCCUGGGCUGCGACGCCUCGGGGAACCAGCUGAAGCACUGGGCUGACAUGUUGUCCAACCCGCGGCGGCCGGUCGCUCAGUGGCACAGCCUGCUGUCAGCCCAGCAGGUCAACUCCACCCUGAACCUGAAGAAGAAGGUCCCCCUCGCCGGCAAACUGCCCCUGUGAUGGCGAAGACAAAGCGGAAAAUGUUUCAGACAUGAGGAGGUUUAAGUAUCGUUUAAAGAACAGAUGUUCUUCUGGGAUCGUUUUAUCUGUCUGAUUGAUUACUCUGUAUUAUACAUGUAAGAGUAACUGUUCUAUUUUACUAUCAAAUCAUAAAGUCAUAUAUGAUAUUUUGCUUUCAAACCUGAACAAGCUGUAUCAUACUAAACAUGUUUCAUCUGUCAAACGUUUGAACGGUUUUCUCUGAUAUUAAUAUUAAAUAGUGUACGUGUCUGACUGUCA